UCGAGUGACACCACUACUAGUAGCAAACGUAGCGAUUACAUCUUGAUUACAUACUCUUUGCUAGUAAAAGCUAGUGUCACUCAAUAAGUCAAUGCUCGAUAUCUAUAUUUACUACUAGUUUUCAAUCUUUUCAAUUAGAUAAAAACUCAAUAUGGUUUCCCCAAAGACAUUUUAUAUCGCUGGGUUUUUCACUUUUUAGUUCGUUUUUGCCAGGGCGAUCUUAUUUUUUAUUAUUUUUUAAAUUAUUGUGGUCAAACAGAUGGACGGAUAGCGGGCGCUUAGUAAUAGGGUUCCGCUGGCACGCUUCGGGUAAUGUUCGGGUACGGAACUAUAAAACGGAGGAAUACUAGUCGUAUAAGUGUAACCCUGUAUGUUACACUAGAAAGCAUAGUUAUUGUCAACAAGCCCGCUAUUCCGUACAUAUUGCCAAAAACAGCCAAAAAACCAAAGAUGUGUUUUAUAGUGAAAUAUGUGCUAUUCAUCGCCAAUGUGAUAUUUGCUCUGGCUGGGCUGACCCUGAUCGGUGUCGGCUCGGCGGUGUUGGCGUUGGCAUCUGACGCGCUGGCGGUGAUCCCGGCCGGCAUCAACGCGAUCCCGAUCAGCGUCAUCGUACUCGGUGCCAUCGUCUUCGUGAUCUCCUUCUUCGGCUGCUGCGGCGCCAUCCGAGAGAACAGAUGCUUCCUGACAACCUACGCCAUCAUCAUGCUGCUGCUGGCAGCAGGGAAGAUGUACCUGGCUGUGGUGAUCUUCAUGGCCAUGGAUAACAUCUACGUGAACGUGGUGGAGUGGCUGACCAAGGCGUUCCUCAACGAAGACUUGAGAGAGCCAUUCCAUGCCGUGGAGAUUGCUUUCCGGUGUUGUGGAACCACCGGCUGGCAGUCGUACUUGGGCAUCCUACCAGCAUUGCCUGCCUCCUGUUGCAACCCCGAUGCUGAAGUCUGUCAGCCGGACAACGCUUUCGGCGGCUGUAACGAUAUCGUUGGUGACUUCUUCGCCACAUACGGCAGCGCUACCGCCAGCAUUCUUGUGGUCAUCAUCGCGGUAGAGUUAAUCGCAAUGAUCGUCGGUUUAUCGUUGUGCAAUAACGUCUCCAACCGAAGAAGAGCAACUGUAUAAUCUACAUUAUUAUACUAUACAUAAUAUAUUGUUAUAUAUACCAAAAACUAUUUAUUUAAACUAGGUUUUGAUGUUAUAACUGUUCAUGACAAUGACAUGGUUCUCUCUUUUAAGCCCGAAUAUACAGCUACAUGUUAGACGAAUAAUAAAAUUAAUCUGAAGGCUACAAACAAAUAUGCCUGGCUAAAUAAAUAUAAUUUAUGCUCUCGA